UCUGCGGUUCUCCGUUCAAACUACCUAAACCCUCUACGCCAUUGGCAAAACUACCUGAAACUGUCGUGGCCUUUCUUCCUCCAACACAACCCACAUACAUGGCAUCAUUGCCACCAUUUCUAUUUCCAUCUCCAUCUAAACCCUAUUUCAGAAAGGCGUAUUUCUCUUCUCAUACACAUGAAUACUGAUUCUUAUACAAAUUUUAUACAUAUAGAAUAGUAAUAUAGAUGGACGUAAGAAGAUUGAAAAUUCCCAAAACGAUUGCUAUAUUUUCACAUAUCAAACGUCCUUUGACCUGUGUGAUUUCUACUGCUUCUUCAGAUCAAAUUAGUGAGACAUUACAUCAAACACCUUCUAAGCAGCCUAACCCCAGCUCAGAAAGUAAACAGCAAAAGGUAUUUGAUUUCAAUUUGCGCAAAUGGGUUACUUCAGUUCUCUCAAACCCACAUGUAGAUUCGUUAAAGAUUAAAGAUUUGCUGACCCAUCUGACUCCACAGCAGUUUGAUGCUAUUUUCUUGGAAAUUCAUUCAUCUUUAAAACCAUUGAAUGCUUUGAAAUUUUUCCAUCUAGCGUCCGGUUCUUAUGGUUUUAGUUUCAGUGUUCAAUCUUAUUGUACUCUGUUUCGUUUGCUCGUCGCCUCGAAUCAUGAUGAUGCAGCUAGGUUGCUUUUGAUAAGGUUAAUUGAUGGGAAACUACCUGCAUUGUUUGAUUGUCCCCAACAAAAGCAUGUAGAGGUAGCUGUUUCUUUAGCGGAGUUAAGUCGCCUGUCUGAUUUUGGUGUUGCUGUUAGGACAUUUGAUCUUUUGGUUCAUCUAUGUUGUACCCAAUUCAAGAAUGUUGGGUUUGAUGCUGCAUUGGAUGUAUUCAGGUCAUUGGCGAGUAGGGGGUUGUAUCCUUCUUUGAAAACUUGUAACUUUUUGUUGAGUUCUCUUGUGAAAGAGAAUGAGCUUUGGAAGAGUUAUGAGGUUUUUGGAGUUUUGAAGGAUGGUGUUAAACCUGAUGUUUACUUGUUUAGCACUGAGAUUAAUGCUUUUUGUAAAGGAGGGAGGGUGGAAGAGGCGAAGGAGUUGUUUCGAAAGAUGGAAAACAUGGGUGUCAUGCCAAAUGUUGUCACUUAUAAUAACCUCAUUCACGGGCUUUGCAGGAAUGGUAAUUUAGAAGAUGCCUUCUGUCUGAAGGAAGAAAUGAUAUUAAAUGGUGUAAAGCCAAGUAUCGUCACAUAUAGCAUAAUUAUUAAUUGUCUGAUGAAACUUGAGAAAUAUGAUGAAGCUGAUUGUGUGUUGAAAGAAAUGUCAAACAAGGGGCUUGUUCCAAAUGAGGUGAUGUACAAUACCAUCAUUAAUGGCCAUUGCUCAGCAGGAAAUAUCCAGAAAGCUUUAAAGGUAAGGGAUGAAAUGUUAAGAAAAGGAAUUCUCCCCAACUCGGUUACUUGCAAUUCACUGAUCAAAGGCUUUUGUAAGGUAAAUCAAGCUAGUCAAGCUGAAGAACUCUUAGAGGAGAUGUUAUUACAUGGAUUGAGCGUAAAUCCUGGUUCAUUUAAUAAUGUUAUCCUUGUAUUGUGUACAAAUUCUAGGUUUUUUUCUGCACUACGGUUUACUAAGGAAAUGAUAUUAAGGAGUUUGAAACCAAAUGAUGGGUUGCUGACCACAUUAAUUGGUGGUCUUUGCAAGGAACGGAAGCAUUCAGAAGCAGUUGAGCUUUGGCAUAUGCUGCUGAUGAAAGGGCUCACGGCCAAUACAGUGACCUCAAAUGCUCUAAUUCAUGGGCUUUGUGAAGCUGGUAACAUACAAGAGGCUGUUCGGAUGCUGAAAGCGAUGCGAGAUAGUGGUGUUCAAAUAGAUAGCAUGACGUAUAAUACUCUUAUAUGUGCAUUUUGCAAAGACGGAAACUUAGAUGGUGCCUUUGUGUUGAGAGAAGAAAUGGUAAAGCAAGGAAGUGCACCUGACAUUUCAACUUACAAUGUGCUGCUACAUGGGCUUGGCGAGAAGGGUAAAAUAGAUGAAGCCCUGUUGCUAUGGGAUGAAUGUCGAAGCAAGGGACUUGUCUGUGAUAUUUAUACCUAUGGGGCCUUAAUAAAUGGUUUGUGCAAAGCUGAUAAACUUGGAAAGGGCAGAGACCUUUUCCAUGAGAUGCUCAGACAAGGCUUAGUCCCAAAUAUAAUUGUUUAUAACACCCUUAUUGGAGCUUAUUGUAGAAACGGGAAUGUGACAGAAGCCCUUAAACUUCGCGAUGACAUGAGAAGUAGGGGUAUUCUACCAAAUGUUGUCACUUAUUCCUCUCUCAUACAUGGCAUGAGCAAUAUCGGGCUUAUGGAGGAUGCGAUGAACCUUACUGAUGGAAUGCGUACGGAGGGAGUUCCACCUGAUGUUGUUUGUUAUACGGCAUUGAUUGGAGGUUAUUGUAAAUUGGGUCAGAUGGAUAAAGUGAGGAGCAUUUUGCAGGAAAUGUCAUCACACAAUAUACAACCUAAUAAGAUAACUUAUACAGUCAUUAUUGAUGGGUAUUGCCAAGCUGGUAAAGUUAAAGUAGCUAAGGAGUUUUUUGCCGAGAUGGUACAGAAGGGAAUUACUCCUGAUUCUGUCACCUAUAACGUUUUGACGAAGGGGUUUCUGAAGGAAGGGGAAGUAGAAGAAGCCUUUUCACUUUUAGAUCGUAUUUCCCUUACAGGAGUUGGUUUAGAUGAAGUUGCAUAUACUUCUUUAGUUAAUUUGCUUCCCCGGAGAUCGGCAAGCGCGAACCAAGAAUGAAAUGAACUGACACAAGGUUCGGACACUCAUCUGGUCGGUUCCCAACCUCACGUUUCUAAUGCAAAAGAAGCUAUAAACUUGCCUGAGCACCUGCUGGACAUGUAAAAGGCACCUGUCUGAUUUUCUAAAGACAUAACGGAGUCAUGGCAACGACACACUUCUGCACAUUGGGAACUGACUCAUCAUCGUGGGUCCAGAUUUCUUCCAUGUGCUUUGAGUUAGUUGCUAAUGCUUGUGAAGAUAAAGGAUCCAGGCAGCUGGUGGAUGGUUCUAUGGUAAUCUUUUUUUGUCAUCUUCACAUCCUUGUUGACUGGCAUUGGACGAAAGAUAAUGAGUCUUAUUCCUUCUAGAGGUUUGUAUAUUUGUCAAGCAGUGCUUAUGACAUACUUUUUGUUUUAGUGCAAGUUAAUGUUACAAAUAAUUCUUCUUACAUAGACAAGCAACUAUCUAUUUCUUUAGAUAACCUGUUGUCACAGGUUGAAAAAACAUUGUCGGGAUCUGAUUCUAAUGCCUCAAACUUCUCCCGCCACAGAAUAGCAGACUGUGUCUAGAACUGCACUCGAAAAGCCAAGACCUACUUCAGCUACGGGGAAUCUUCAUGCAGAUAUGAUUAAAACGGCAGAGCCACCUUGCCCUAGGACCAUCUCGGAGAGCAUCAAAUGUCACUACGUAUCCAUUCAAUUAAAUUAAUUCUGCUGCAUUUGUCGCCUAAGAGAUUGUGCCAUGUAUGUUCUGCGCAUCAUCUGCUAUAGAUGUCUUGCUUCGUCAACACUUGCUUCUCCCACAGCUAAUAGGCUCUCAAUGCAUGGUGCAUCAAUAUUUAGCAGUCACUUGAGCAAUAUAUUUGGGAUUGGCACGUUAGUGGAGCACGAAACAGUUUUAUUGAUGAUCUUGCAAGUAAGAGAGGCUUUUCAAUUGUAUCAUACCACAUUAACAAAAACUUACUGAAGCAACUGAUAUCACCCAAGGCAUGGCUAGAUGUUUAACGUUGUGGAUACAAGUCCGCAUGCAUAUGUGUGAGUUUGAUUGAAUUGGUAAGUCUGAAUGGUUGGAUUUCUUCCAGAGAGGACUGCUCCUUUGUGCUACCACAACCAAGGCAUCAGCAUUAUCGUCUAUGAUUUGAGGCUGCAUUGCUUGUGGAUUUCUCAGUUUCGACCAGCAAACAGGUAGAACUGCGAGAGACAUUUACAAGGAAACAUUUCCGAGUCCUCAGUGGUUGAUUUGAUGUGGUUGUGGUUCCAUAAGUGGUACAUAAUUAGAAAGGAGGUCGAGGUUUUGAAAGGGUGACAACAUGGUGCUUGCAUCAGAUCAGUGGCAUCUACCACAGGUUUUCUGAUAGGACACACUAUGUAAUCAUCAUUCCUGUAUCUUAGAUUACCAUCUCCAUGCUACCAAAUGUUCUUCGUCUACUUAGUUUUGUAACUGACCUUUGGCUGCACCUCUGGUCUAAAGUCAUUACAUUUGUAUAGUCAGUUUGUAUCGAGAAAAACGUAAUAAGAGAGACAUGAUGUGAUAAUGAUAUUUGUAGGCUGUAGCCAUUAUGAAUAGAUGCACUCUGAUGAAUGAAAAUAGACGAGCCAGAACUCAAAAGACUUCAUUAAAAAUGUUUUGAGGAAGUAUAUCUUUAGUUUAGACCAA